AUGACUUCAAUGCACGCCAUAAGAUAUGACCAAUUCAAACUUUUAAAGGAAUUAUCAACUAGAUACAUAGCUUGCCAGUUUGAAACUUUUAAUAGCAAUUUAACAUAUCCUAUACCUCCAGAACAUCAGCUAUUUUUACUUGAUGCAGCGUGCAAUGAAUCAGAGAAACUACUGGAAACGGGCAAACAAUUGAACAAGUUCGAUCAUCCGUAUAGGUGGUUAAUUUGGGGUCAAACGGACCGUGACCAAUUCAAACAGUUUUAUUUUCGAUUGGACGGUCAAAUAUUUAUUAUAGAUAAAACCGAAAAAGGAAUUAAAGGGACUUACAGGAUCCAGUCUAUAUAUAAAACUUCAAAUGAAUCAAUGGAGUUCAUGGAAAACGACAUAGGAACUGCGGCUUUCUUCACCAUAGACAGAAUAGACAUCAUCGAAUAUAUAGCACCCAGUGCACCCACACACAUAAGAUUUUUAUUUAGAGCUCCUCCUCUAUCAUAUGUUUCCAACGUAUUUACCUUACCCUUUGAUUCUUAUGUUUGGUACGGUUGCUUUGGAUUGAUACCCCUUGUAUUUCUUGCAGUUUACAUAAUAGUUAAGUGGGAAUGGUAUGACCCAGUAUUCAAAGAAACAGUAGCAGAAACCCACUCGAACACCAUAAUGCCUUUAAGACCAGGAUUUUUCGACGUGUUAGUCAUGGAACUAGGAGCAAUAACCCAACAAGGCACUGACACCGAACCAAAAAGUGUUUCUGGCAGAAUUGCUACAGUUUUCACUUUCAUAGCUUUUAUGUUCUUGUACACUGCAUAUGCCGCUAAUAUAGUGGCUAUCUUACAAAGCACUACGGAGAGUAUAAAAACUUUGGAGGAUUUGCUACAUUCCAGGAUCAGUUUGGGUGUGGAAGAUAUUGUUUACGCACAUUAUUACUUCCAGAUAGAAGGUAUCCUAAACUCUCGCCCUUUGACUCAUAUUUCCGCUAAUCCUUCCCCGAUCUCUCCUGCCUACUUCUUGAAUGGAUGGUCAAUGGAAUCAGUUCCAGAAGUUGACCUUACAGAUAUCAACUCCGGUAAACUUCAUCAAAAUCUGCAAGAGUCCAGCAGAUUCACUGCGGAGGAACCAGUACGAAAGGCUAUAUAUCAACAAAAAGUCGCACCCAAAGGACAAAAAGCAAACUUCAUGGACAUUUACGAAGGAAUAUCUAAAGUGCAAAAAGGCUUUUUUGCUUUUCACGUUGAACUUUCGUCUGGAUACAAAGUUAUUGCUGAUACGUUCCAGGAAAACGAGAAAUGUGGCCUGAAAACAAUUGAAUUCAUGAAUAUGUUGGAACCUUGGGUCUCGAUAAGGAAACGAUCUGCUUACAAGGAGGUCAUUAAAGUAGGUUUACGAAAAAUUCUUGAAGUAGGAGUUCAACGCAGAGAUGUUAAUCGAUUCUACAGUAAUAAACCAGUCUGCCAGAAUAAAGGAAGUAACUUCGGAAGUGCUGGACUUAUAGACUGUUAUGCAGCAUUCUUAAUAUAUGGAAUAGGAAUUGUUUUCAGUAUUUUCCUUAUGGUAAUGGAAAUAGUGGUACAGAAAAGACUCCAAAAGCGGGAAUCUAGCGCUCAAAGUGACGUUUAUGUGUCCCCUGUAGAAUCUUAUGCAGAAUAA